UUAAGCUAUGAUGUUAAAAUGUCUUCCUACAAAUGGCUGGACCUGGUUAUACAGCAUAUAUCAGAGUCUGUGUUUAUGAAACUGUGUCAUAGGGUGGGGUCCUCAGAGACGGUGAUCAUGAGGAGACAGAUGGUGGACUUCAGGUUAAUGAUGAUAAAUCAAGUAAUAAAUACAAGAGAAGCAGACAGUAUGAUGAUGAGUGGGGGUCGAAGAGAAGGAUUCAGGCUACAUGAUUAUGACUUUAUGUUUUGGCCAAAUGACCACAAGGUAAUAUGGGACUUAAGCCAGGCUCAGAAUUAUGUCUUAAAUAGAACAAACCUGAUUCUCUGUGAUUGUACAGAGAGCCCUCCAGGAUUUUCUUUACUUGAAUUAUUGACACCAACACACAGGGAAAGUGUAAAGAAUGCGUGUAUGAGAAUAAACGGCAGACGCUACAUAUCAAGUUCCAAAUACAGACAGAUUACAUGUUCAGCAGAUUGGCCUAAUUUUAAGGAGCAUGGCCCAUGUGGUAGUGGCGUUUUAGAAGGAAGAGAGUAUGACACUGCCCGAUGUUUUGUCUGUGAUUUUUGGCCCCCUCCUGCCUCCAAAUGGAUAGACAGAUGUCACUCAUGGCCCCCUUCUUAUAUUGUUGAUGACAUAGUCAGAAAUGGAUGUCACUUUGUAGCAAUAGGACACAAACUAGGUAAACAUGCAGACAAAGAAUGGAGAAUAUCAUUCUCUUUGGCAGAACAAAAACUUGUAUAUUCAAUGAACCAUUGCCAAUUCUUAACCUAUGGGCUGCUUAAAUUGUUUUUAAAAGAAUGUAUUAACGAUGGAUUAAAUGAUGAGGACAAAUUGCUUUGUUCCUAUCACAUGAAGACAGCAGUUUUCUGGGUGUUACAACUGAACAUGAUACCUCAAUGGUGUCCUCACAAUCUUUUUCAUUGUUUCUGGGUUUGUUUCAAACUUAUCCUUAAAUGGGUGUAUGAGGGGGUCUGUCCCAACUUUUUCAUUCCAGAAAACAACAUGUUUCUGAGUAAUAUUCAUGGUGAAGCACAAAAGAAAUUAUUCAUUAGGCUUCAUAAAUUGUAUGAGAAGGGUUUAGUAUCACUGCUUCAUAUUCCAUCUAUCAGGUCCAGUGUUAUAAGUGUCCUUCAAAAUCCCAGACAAUCUGUUGAUACAUAUAAGCACAUGUUGGUCUCCAGGGUUUUGUUACAAAGAAAUCUAAUCAUUGAGUUGUAUAACACUGAUAUACAAAUAUCAGCAAGUAACCUGCACUCAUGUAUGAGGUUCUUUAGUGCUGUAGAAAAGUUGAUAAUUUUACCCCUGACCAAGUACCAGGUUCUCAUGUUACGGAGGUUUAUAGUCUGCAUACUCCAGAACACUGCUUUUAUGUUAUUCAAGCUUUUAACCAUUUUUGCACCAAAAGGAUUAGAUACUAACUCAAUCGUAAACAAACAGGUAUAUCUGGCUAUCAAAAUAUCCAGUUUUAUGCUGAAAUUAGCAUCCAAGUUUGGGAGUAUUUCUGAUAUGUUGUUUAUUGCAAUGUUUUUCUACAAGACGCUUAGAUAUAAAGAAGCAUUAUCAGUUAUAGAGAUGACAAAGGUCAAGUGCUCACAGCCAUAUGUAAUGCCAGUAUUUUUCUCUAAUGUACAUAAAAGACAUGCUGUAGUAUGUGAUAUUCUUAUUUUCAACGCAGUCUGUUACAUAAAUGAAUUGGUGCCAGAACAACACUUUGGAUACCCUAUAUUAACUAUUCCACACUAUGUUGUGUUAUACAUGUUAGAGAUCUUGUGUUACAGACAUGUAGACCCAGUGAGAGCACAAACAUCUCUUAAUGACCUACAGGACCUGGUACACCAUGAUCAGGGAAAAUAUAUAGAUUUACGAUACAGAGACAUAUCUUGGCAGAUUCUAGGGAUCUGUCAACAGGUUACAGGGAACUAUCAGGCUGCUCUGUUCUCCUACCAACAAUCUCUCAGACAUGCAUCGCAAAACAUACAAACUGCUACAUUGAUGAGAAUACAGGAACUCAUGACACUCGUGCACAGAAAUCAAUAACAAAAAAUCAAGAUAGUUACCUGUCAGAGUUCAGCAAUUCAGAACUUUUCUUUAACAGGAGUAUGAAGGAACCCC